AUAAUAGAACAGUCUUAACGGAGUUUAUAGAGCAAUCAAUUGUCUACAAAAUGAGUUACAAUAUCAAUACCAACAGAGUUAGCACCAUUCAUCAACAAAAAAGUAAUUUAGCACUGUCUGUUAUGACUUGAGCCUCUUGAAAUUAGUCAUACUGAUUCAUAUUUUUCUGCUCAUUCGAUUCAUGUGUAACUCGGACUUUUAAAACAGGGAGCAGAACAAGAAAAAAUUAAAAUAUGAUAAAACGCUACUGUUUCGCUUUUUUUCUGUUUUUUUUUUUUUGUAUGCAAUCGGUAACUCAUUCAUUUUUAGGCUCUAAGGUUUAAAAACUUAGGUUUAUGGGUAACUCUGAACGCUUUAUCUUAUGAGAUCAUAAAAGAUCGUUUGAUUUUGAAUUCUGUGAAGGAUUCGUGGUCAUAUAUUUAGAGUAGGACCGGCAGAUCAAAAUUUAUUUGAUCAAGUUUGGCCAGUACUCCGAAUAUGGGCACGUGCAUCACCAGAAGACCAAUAUCUGUUAGUACAACAUAUAACUACAUCGAAAAUAAAUCGAACACGUGAAGUCGUAGCUGUGAUAGGCAGUGCAACGAACGAUGCGACGGCAUUGAAAAACGCCGAUCUUCAGUUGAUGGUGAAUGCGGUCGCCGUCUCUUAUGUGCUUAUUGGAGCAUGUAUUGUUCAUGAAUCGCCAUUGAAACCGUUAAAAUUAGUAUGUGGAAACAGUACGACUCAAAGUCCUCUUUCUUCAACAUGA